AUGCUCCUGCGCUACGAGGCGAAGAACUUGUCCCUGCUUCAAAAGGAAUACUAUGGCCCGGACUCAGGCGCAGAAUGGAGUCGCUUUUGGUCAGUUCACAGGGUGGACUUGCACAGCGGGCUCAGAGGGCUAGCGACCCAGACGCAAGACAACACACCAGGGCCACCAGCAGAUAUCCGAUUGGGCCAAGAAGUUACGGGAAUCGAUUGCGAGGCCGGCACAGUCAAACUCAAAGACGGGAGACUGGAGCAGUAUGACUUGGUAAUAAUAGCAGAUGGGGCUCAUAGCCGCUUAAUUGAGGAUUUUACCGGGAAUCCGUCCACGGUUCACCGUACAGGCCGGUCUAUUUACAGAUGGCUGGUAUCCAUGGACGAGGUCAAUGCAGAUCCUGUACUCCAAAACCUCUACACAGACCCGCAGGGAAGUCGGAAAAGCGGCUUCGUGGCUUGGGUUGAUCAAGAAACCAGGAUACUUUGGGUCAGCUACAAGUGUAGGGGCGGCAAGGUGCUGAACAAUGCCGUGGUUCAUGACACGCAAACCGGUGAAGGAGAAGAGGAUCUUUGGCAGUCUCCCGUAUCACGAGAACAAAUCCUCAAGGUUCUUUGCAACUUUCACCCGUCAGUUCUAAACAUGGUCUCCAUGACGGCCGAGGAUGGCAUCAAAGCCCACCACCUCUACAAACGGCUUCCACUCCAAAGCUUUGUUCGUGGAAAGACGUUGGUGAUGGGAGAUGCAGCACAUGUCAUGAUGCCCAUUCAUGCGGCCGGAGCAAGUGUGGCUAUCGAGACAGCGGCCACGUUGGAAACACUUUUUGACCUUUCCGGGAGCACAUGGACAAUGGAAAGCCGGUUGGAGAUGUUUGACAAGCUCCGAGUGCCCCGAUGUAACCUCGCCAUGCUUUCUUCCAACGCUGGCCCGGAAUGGCUCCACGUUCCGGGUGUGGAGGACGAGAUUCGAAAGUACUACUCUGGUCCUCUGCCGCCUGCUGGUGCAAUGCCUUAUAGCAGUGCGUUCAGGGACGUCUUGUUCAAACACGACGAAUACCGAGCCGCAAGAGAGUGCAUGGACAAGACAGCCAAGAACUAG